AGUCACAAGACCGCCCCUGCUGAUCCGCGCUCGAGCAGCUGUACGUCUCAAAGGCGCCGCUAGCAUGGCAGCGGCAACCGAGAGCCGACAACUCACAGCCUCCCGCGGGGGAAGUAGUCACGUUUUCCUGUCAUUUUUAUCCGCACUGAUACUAUAAGAGUAAGACUCUUUUUUUUUUUUUAAAUACUAUUGGUAGUAAACACUUUCCGCUAUAGCGAGUCGACACAACGCGCUAACGUCGAAGCUAAGCUAAGCACGGCGGCUGCUAGCUUGGUCGCCCUCCGUGGAGGAAGCGUCUCCGUGGGGGAUGUUGUCCGUGCUGUCGUACGGUAGACUCGUGGCCAGGGCUGUCAUCGGCGGACUCUCUCAGACGGACAGCCGCGACUACAGCCUGGUGACGGCGAGCUGCGGCUUCGGCAAGGACUUCCGUAAAGGCAUCCUGAAGAAAGGAAUGUGCUAUGGAGACGACGCCUGCUUCAUCGCCAGGCACAAAUCUGCCGAUGUUUUAGGUGUGGCAGAUGGAGUAGGAGGUUGGCGAGACUAUGGCGUGGACCCGUCACAGUUUUCAGGGACACUGAUGAAGACAUGUGAGCGCCUGGUGAAGGAGGGACGCUUUGUUCCCAGCAACCCCGUGGGAGUCCUGACAAGCAGCUAUUAUGAGUUGCUGCAGAACAAAGUGCCGUUGCUGGGCAGUAGCACAGCCUGCAUUGUGGUGUUGGACGGCCACAGUCACCAGCUGCACACGGCCAACUUGGGGGAUUCUGGCUUCCUGGUGGUCCGUGAAGGGGAGGUGGUUCACCGAUCCGACGAGCAGCAGCAUUACUUCAACACACCCUUCCAGUUGUCCAUUGCUCCUCCUGGAGCCGAGGGAGCUGUCCUCAGUGACAGCCCAGACGCCGCUGACAGCUCCUCCUUUGACGUGCAGCUGGGUGACAUCAUCCUCACCGCCACCGAUGGCCUGUUUGACAACAUGCCAGACUACAUGAUCCUGCGCGAGUUGAAGAAACUCAAAAAGGCAAACUACGAGAGCAUCCAGCAGACGGCGAGAAGUAUUGCAGAGCAGGCUCACGACCUUGCCUACGACCCCAACUACAUGUCACCCUUUGCACAGUUUGCCUGUGACAACGGACUGAAUGUUCGAGGAGGGAAGCCUGAUGACAUCACAGUGCUGCUGUCCAUAGUAGCAGAAUACACUGACUAAGGUCUACAUGGACUCCUGCUGAGUAGGAUGAAGUACUGCUGAGGGGAGCAAGACAUUUUGUUCCCAGCAUGCCACAACUCUACUCUGCUCCAGCUGGGUAGAGAGAAAGUGCUGGAAUUAAAAAAAGGCCCUGAAAGCAUUCAGCAGCAGUGUUGUUGACAACACGCUACACCCGCUGGACACAACCUUUCCAAGGCUGCUGGUCAUGACGGAUGGUCUUGGUGGGUUGGAUGGACAGACAGAGAGGAUGUUUACUUUCACGCAGCAGAACAGACUUGUUUGACUUUUUCCAAAGUCGAAGAAGCUUAAAAGGAUUCUCUUCAUCACACGCGUGGAGAAGGGAGUUGGCGUGGGACGUGGCGCCUCUAGGGCUAAAUAAAUGAGCCAAAUGUG